UCUUUCUCUUUGUACCUGUCUUUGAAGUGAGGAAGUUUGCAGAAAAUCUUGCAGAAGAAAAGCAGCAAACGCCGAAGAUGAAGAGAAGGCUUUAUGGAUAGAGAAAGAGAGGGUGGGGAGAAAGGAGAGCGAGGAGUUUAGACUUCUGCACCGUUUCCUCUCUCUUCAGUCUUUCUGUCGUUUUUGCAUGCAUUGUCUCUCUUCUCUUCUUCUCUCCCCUGUUUUUCUCAAGCUGGUCAUCUCCAGGAUGAAUAGAAGGCUUGUACUUACAAUCCUGGCCCUGAAUGUUGUAACCAAUGAAAUCAAGGCAUCCACCUCCCAACUUCUCACACCAUCCAACUCCACUCCUGCUACCACCAGUCCCCCUGCUCCCACCACUUCCUGUGUGUGUAAUAUCUCCACUUCCUGUUCCUCUCCGACCCAGCCCGAGGCUCCGCCACCUGCGCUGGGUGUUAUCAAGGUCAAAUGGGAAGAAACGUCCUGUAAGGGGGACGUACACCUGUCUCUCCUCUCGUCUCAUUCCUUACCACUCUGCUUUAACAGUUUGACCCAUCGUAGCCUUCAACAUGCAGGGUUGUGUAACAGGAAGGGCUGUGAGGGCUCCCCAAAGUGGACGAAGAUCAAUCCUAACACUUUGGGUUACCAGAUCAAUAUGAAUGGAAGUGUUACCAACAACCCCUGUACAACACUGAGGAUCCAAUGCGAAGUCAUCCCAGAUCAGUUAGUGGGCUAUAAGGUGGUGACUGGUCUGCUGUGUGUUCUGGUGCUGGUGGUGCUGGUGGUGCGUUUCGGGCAGCCCUCCCUCAAGGCCCUCCGUAGGAGACUGUCAGACAAGAGACAGAGUCAGUGGAUCGGACCGACGCAGAGCCAAAGUGUCUCCUACCAUAGAGGGAAGGCUGGACUCCAACUUAACGACAACACAGACAAGAGACACUCCUACCCUGGAUUGGAGAGGCUGACGGUGAACAACAGCCGAGAGCCUUCGUCUAACAGAAACAGUGACUAUGACUCUUAUAACUUGUGAUCAUCAUCAUCAUCAUCAGUCAUAUCCUUCAUCCGCUAUGACAAUAUACUGUACAUGUAUUUUUCAUAUUUUAUAAUAUUUUUUAUAUUUUGUUAUUUUUUUAUGCUAAAUGUAAUAUUUUUUAAGCACAUAAUAUCAUUGUUUGGGGGGUUUCUGUACGUAAUUCAAUCAUUCACUUCUUUUAUUGAAUAAAUGUAAAGUUUGUUGUUGAAUAAAA